CAAGUCGGUCGAUGUGACAGCUAAGACAACAAUAACAAGACGGAAGGGGAACGGGACAACGCUAAAAGAAAGGCAGGCUGAGUGGCUCUUCACAAGACUUUCACGACUCUGCAAGUGUCCAAUAACGUCAAGCAGCUGGACUGGGUGCGUGGGACAGGGCCAUGGAGGCACCUGAGGGAGAAGGCCGCACAUUCAUGCAGGUGAUCAGUGAGAAGUACAGUCCAGAGAACUUCCCGUGUCGCCGAGGCCCAGGCUUGGGGGUGGUUGUACCAUCUGGCCCCCAGGGAUCUCCAAUGAAAGACCGACUCAACCUGCCUAGUGUGCUAGUUUUGAAUGCCUGUGGAAUCAGUCAAGCAGGAGAUGAAGGAGAGAUUGCUGCUUUCUGUGCUCAUGUGGUCGAGCUGGACUUGUCUCAUAACAAACUCCAGGACUGGCACGAAAUCAGCAAGAUCGUUAGGAACAUUCCAAACCUCGACUUCCUGAACCUGAGCUCCAACCCGCUGAGCGAGGCAUCAUUAGAGCCGGAGUGGGCUGAGGCUUUCUCCAGAGUGCGCCGUUUCGUCCUCAACAACACUCAGGUGUCCUGGGACAUUGUGCACACCUUCACGCGCGAGAUGCCUGAACUGGAGGAGCUGUUCCUGUGCCUUAAUGAGUACAACACUGUGAUGGCCUCUGCCACACCUUGCCCUUCGCUGCGGCUACUGCACAUCACAGACAACAAUCUCCAUGACUGGAACGAGGUGCGCAAGUUUGGCUCUAUGUUCCCCUCUCUAGACACCCUUGUCAUGGCUAACAACAACCUGGGCUCCAUCCUGGACUCCGGAGACACCCUCUGCCGCCUCUUUCCCAACUUGCGCAGCAUCAAUCUACACAACUCAGGCCUUAAUCGCUGGGAGGACAUUGAGAGAUUAACCUUCCUCCCCAAGAUGGAGGAGGUGCGGCUGCAGGGAAUCCCUCUGCUGCAGACCUAUACCAACACGGAGCGGCGCAGCCUCCUCAUCGCACAAUUGCCGUCGGUGACCUGCCUGAACGGGAGCGUGGUGACGGAAGGAGAGCGCGAGGACGCCGAGAGGUUCUUCAUCCGCUACCAUCUGGACCACUCUGAAGAAGAGCUGCCCCACAGAUACCACUGUCUGGUGACCAAAUAUGGGAAGCUGGCACCACUGGCUGAGAUCGAUCUACGUCCGCGCUGUUAUGCCAGGGUGGAGGUGCACUGCGAGGAGCGCGUGGAGCAGGUGAGCAUCCGCCUCGACCAGACGGUGGCGGAGCUGAAGAAGCAGCUGAAGGCAGUGGUGCGGCUCUCUGCGAGCAACAUGCGCCUCUAUUACAUUGACAAGGACAUGUGCUCAGCCUUCGGGCCCGAGGAGAUGAAGUAUAACACGCGCGCCCUCCAUUCGUACAGCAUCCGAGAUGGUGACGGAAUCCUAGUGGUGCCCAAGACCAAAUGACUAACCACGGGUGCCAGGACUGGAGUAAAAGAACCCUCUCUGAAAUGGCACUACAUAGGCUUCACAGUGUGUGCAAAAUAUGAAAAGGGUGGGGGCAUCUAAGCUUGUCAGACUGGCUUGGAUUCUGAAGAGACUACUUAUGUUUUAAAGGGCCUGUCACUGGACACAUUACUACAUGAUCAACCCACAUACACACACACCUCAAUGUGCGUGACCCUGCACUUGUUUCCGUAGUGUAUAUAAAUGGCUUUUCUUGUUUUUGUUGACUAUUCCCUUGAAUGAGGUUUGCCACUAACUGUCAAUAAUGCCUGCCUCUUCAAGAUGAAAGCACAAGAGCUAUGGCAGUCCAAAAAGUGCAGGUAUGGAAAACAUGUUCCGUUCACGUCGGAACAGGUGAGUGCUGAAUUUGCUAAUGGUGUACGUCGGUGAAUGUCAGCCUUCCUUGCAAAAGACUCUCAGGCCUCAUCUGACAUCUUAUGGAGGGGCAAUGCUGGCCUUACAUGCUUACGUUUGUUUGUGUGUUUGUUUUUUAAAACAAUGCUGAACAAUGUUGGACAUGGUGGAA